AUGGCUGUCGGGGUCCGAGUGUCCUCCUCCGCCCUCCUGUCUCCUGGGGUUGAAGGUCUGGUCCUGCAGGUAAACCCGGCUGAUGUCCCCGCCCUGGAGAUCAAAUUGGGAGCACUAGUGGUCCUGCUGACCUCCUCGCUGCUGUUUGGCUUCACUCCACUGUGCAUCACCCAGGGAACGGGGCGCUGCAACCUGAACCCAGAUUUACGCCACAGGCUUCUUGGCCUCAUCAGCUGCUUUGCUGGAGGAGUUUUCUUGGCCACCUGCCUGUUGGACCUGCUGCCAGACUACCUGCAGGGCAUCAACGAGGCCUUCAGCAGUGCAGGCAUCACACUCCAGUUCCCUCUUCCCGAGUUCAUUGUGUCUAUGGGCUUCUUCCUGGUCCUAGUCCUGGAACAGGUCAUCCUGGCCUUCAAGGACCAGUCCUAUUCACACUUGGAGGAGCGUCGGGCUCUACUGGUGGAGUCCAGCAUCCAGGCCGCCAGCAGGACCGGCCGCCACCUUCACCAUCACUCGCCCGAGCCGGACGGUGGCCACAACUACGUGGACUUCAGCUCCCAGUCGGCCUUGCGGGCUUUCAUCCUGGUCUUCUCUCUGGCUCUGCACUCCGUGUUUGAGGGCUUGGCUAUAGGCCUGCAGGAGGAGGGGAGGGACGUGCUGGAGAUCUGCUUGGCACUGAUGAUCCACAAGAGCAUCAUCUCCUUCAGCCUCUCCUUUAGGCUGUGUCAGGGGCGGCUGCGACGCUCUGCGGUGGCCGGCUGCCUGCUGCUGUUUGCUGUCAUGUCUCCCCUGGGAAUCAGCCUGGGCAUCGGGCUCACCGAGACUAGGGCGUCCCCCCAGCACCAGCUGGCCCGCUGCACCCUGCAGGGGCUGGCAGCGGGAACCUUCAUCUACAUCACCUUCAUGGAGAUCCUGCCUCACGAGCUCAGUUCCCCCAGGAACCGAAUGGCCAAGGUGGCAAUGCUGCUGGUGGGCUUCGCCGUGGUGACGGCCGUGCUCUUCAUCAAGCUGUAACCAGGUCUGCCUGGGAAUGAGACCUGAAGCUGCUCCGAUUCCAGUGUAGGAAACAUUCCAGGAUUUCAAGGGUAGAGCUGUGGAAACAGCUGCUGACAGAGGAGAAUGUGAGUUGGUAUAAUUUGGGAAAUUUCUGAAUUUCCUCAUUUCACUUCAUGAUAGUAAAAACCUCUGAAGACUUUCAGUGUGAAUGUCUGGGAAUGCUUUUACACCAAUGGGGUUUAGAAAGUGGACAGAUGUAUUUUUGUAAUUAUGUCAUCAAAGGCUUUGAUCCAAAGGCAAUUUAAAGAUUUUACUCAGCAUGUUAAAUUUAUGAAUAAUUAUAUUUUGUAAAGUGAGAAUACAACAGAAUAGUUUUGGAUAUUCCUUACAUUUUUAAAAUAAAAAAAUGUAAAUAUU